UCAGCUCCCUUUCCCUCUUCCGGGUCUGCUGCGCUGAUUGCCCAGAGUUGAAGGAGAGAGUAUGAGGAGAGUCACCCUGUUUGUUAAGGGAAGUGCCAGGCAAGGGAAGGUGCUGCCUGUCAAUGGAUCGCUUCCUAAUCUGCUGUUUGUGGCCAGUGCUAAGUUUGGAAUCCAAGCAACAUGUUUAUACAAUGAGAGAGGUGGAGAGAUAGAUGACAUUGACCUGAUCAGAGAUGAUGAUGUUUUAUACGUGUCCGGGGAAGAACCUCUUGCAGAUCCAACAACUGAUCCUAUGAAUGAGCCCAUGAUUAUGGAGCCGCUAACUGGAAGUCACACAGACUGGCUGACGCUCAAUGUAGGGGGACGUUAUUUCACUACAGCACGGAGCACUCUGGUCAGUAAGGAGCCAGACAGCAUGCUGUCUCACAUGUUCAGUGACAGAGAAGCCUGGGGGAAUAAGCGUGAUCACAGAGGGGCGUUCCUGAUUGAUCGUAGUCCAGAAUACUUUGAACCAAUACUGAACUACCUACGUCAUGGACAGUUAAUUGUCAAUGAUGGAGUGAACCUGUUGGGGGUCCUGGAAGAAGCUAAAUUUUUUAACAUAGUUUCCUUGAUUGAACACCUGGAGUUGUCAAUAAAGAAUUCACAGCCAGCAGACGAUCACUCUCCCAUCUCUCGUAAGGAAUUUGUGCGAUUUCUUCUUGCUACUCCAACAAAAUCAGAACUGCGAUGUCAGGGUCUGAAUUUUAGCGGAGCUGACUUGUCCCGUCUGGACCUGCGAUAUAUAAAUUUCAAGAUGGCAAAUCUAAGUCGCUGUAACCUUACUCACGUCAACUUGUGUGGAGCUUGCUUGGAGCGUGCAGACCUGUCUGGAUCUGUGUUGGAUGGAGCCAAUCUCCAGGGCGUGAAGAUGCUAUGCUCUAAUGCGGAGGGUGCCUCAUUGAAAGGCUGUGAUUUUGAAGACCCAUCUGGCCUGAAAGCAAAUUUAGAAGGUGCGAAUUUGAAGGGUGUUGAUAUGGAAGGCAGCCAGAUGACUGGGAUAAACCUUCGGGUUGCAACCCUGAAAAAUGCCAAACUGAAGAAUUGCAAUCUGCGUGGCGCCACAUUGGCAGGAACUGACCUGGAGAACUGUGACCUUUCUGGGUGUGAUCUGCAGGAAGCCAACCUCCGCGGUUCCAAUGUCAAAGGUGCCAUAUUUGAAGAGAUGCUGACCCCACUGCACAUGUCUCAGAGUGUUCGAUAGACACAAUGCUUGUUGGUUUAUCACACAAGCCCCUGACAUCAGAUAAUGUGAGAGGAGGAAACUGAUAUAUUUAUAUAUUUUUAGUUAACCAGAUCAGUAAUCGUUCCAAGCUUUCACUGAUUUACUGCAAAAAGAAACUCCUCCAUUGCAUUAUUCUGCACAGCAGAUGGGUGCCUUCUAGUGUACACAAAUGGGUGAAAGAUACUUGUGUUCACAUGUCUCCUGGUGCUACCACUGUAUCCACAGCACAGCUUGUUUGGGUCGGAGUGUCCUACAUGUGUCACUUGAUGGUGUAAAUAACUGAGUUGGUAUUUUAUAUGCAAAUUGGUGUACUAGGUACACGUUCGCGGACAUACAUAAAAGCACAGGAGUAUUAUGUGGUUACAAUGGUUUAAACUGGUUGGCUACAGACUGUUCUUCGUUAAAAUUGACAGUGCCGUUUCAUCACGGGCAGACAAGAUUUUUAAAAGAAUCUUCCCUUAACUUCCCUGGCAUUCUGUAUCCGAAUGUCACCUGACAUCCGAUAUUUUGUCCACACCUUAGUAGUAAAUGAGCUUGAGCAUUUUUUUUUUUUCAAGCUUCGUACAUGUAUUGGAAGAUUAUAAUGAUAUGGUGAUUGGAAUAUACACAUGAGUGCAAACACAAAUACCAUGGGGCAGGGAUGAGCUGUCACUGGCUGUCCAGUUGCUGUGGAAAGUGACUCCCACUGCUCUCAGCCUACAACAUCAGCAGUGUUAAUGGAUGCUAAUCCCUGCUGUAUGCUCACAACAGCACAAAUUGUUUCACGCAUGUUUUUAAACAUAUUGAUUAAAAAGCCAUUUUAUUUAAAUGCACUCUGUAACAAUGCAUUCUGAGUGCACUCACUCGCACUGAUCUGCUUGCUUUUACCAGUGGUUAUAUAAUGGGGUUCGAUCUAUAUCCUGACGGCUUUCAAUAGUUAAAAUCUAUUUAUCUUGCAUUAUUCAUAUUUGCCAGCAAUAUACCUGGCACAGUGUAUAAGUGAUGACAAAUUGUGUUCUGUAAAGGGCACACCAUACAUUUUUAGGAUGACCGGUGCCUUUAUAAGUAGCAUCAGCUGAUCCUGUGU